GAGCCUGCUACCGGGCAGAGGCUCCGGUGGCUCCACUUGCCGAGCGGGUGCUGUGUCCCCAAGUGACUCUGCAAUCAUGCUGCAGAUGCUCCCAUUCUGGUGUCCUGUUCUUGAGAGCUGCCUGCGUGGAGACCUUCCAGCCCCAGGUCAGAGAAAAUAAUGCUUGGAAGAAGAUCAAGCAUCCUCUGUAAAACACUCAUCACCGUUCUACUGGAGCUGAAGAUGGACAAAUCGUGCUGAAUGCUUUUGACUCUGGUGAGAAGAAAAGCUACAGCUACAGCAAAUUCUACUUCCAACGUGCCCGCUCAGCACCACGAUGUCUGCAAAGGAUAAAGGCAGUGCUGAAGGUAGUGCUGAUCCCUACAUUUCCUGCCACAUCGACUCAGAGUUUCGCUACAACCUCUUCACUGUUUUCUACAGCAUCAUUUUCAUUCUGGGCUUUGCUGCCAACUGUUAUGUGCUCUGGAUUUUCAGCCGCAUUUACCCCACCAAGAAACUCAAUGAGAUCAAGAUAUUCAUGGUGAACCUGACGGUAGCUGACCUGCUCUUCUUGGUUACGAUGCCAAUGUGGAUUGUUUACUACCACCACCAUGGAGACUGGAUCAUGCCCGAGUUCCUCUGUAACGUGGCUGGUACUUUAUUUUUUGUGAACACCUACUCCUCUGUUGCCUUCCUGAUGGUCAUCACAUACAACCGUUACCAAGCUGUGACUAAUCCCAUUAAAGCUGCUCAGUUUACCACCCAGAGAAGGGGGAUCUACUUAUCAGCAGCUAUCUGGAUUAUAAUCGUGGGCAGCUCUUUGUAUUACCUUUUUGACAAUAAUACUAACCAGGAGGAGAUCAAUUCUAGGAAUUUCACGCGGUGCUUUGAGCACUAUGACUCUUCGGGCAGCGUUUCAGCUGUUCUCGCCAUCCACGUCAUCAUCUGCAUCCUCUUCUAUGUCAUUUUCAUCUUUAUACUAGGCUGGAACAUCAUCAUUAUCAGGACCCUGUUCUCCAAAGCAACCCAGCCACGGAAGAGUGCUCAUGUCAAGCAAAGGGCACUCUGGAUGGUGUGCACAGUGCUAGCUGUGUUCAUCAUAAGCUUUGUACCUCAUCACCUGGUGCAUCUGCCCUGGACCCUGACUGUUCUGGAGCAGUGGAAGAGAGAAAACUGCCAGUUGCGCCAACAGCUCAAUGAUGCUCACCAGGUGACUUUGUGCCUCUUGAGUACAAACUGUGUGUUGGACCCUAUCAUUUACUGCUUCCUCACCAAGAAGUUCCAGAAGCAUCUUUCAGAAAAGCUGAAAAGCAUGAAAGGGAGUCGCAAGUGCUCCAGGCAAACCACAGACACAGUGAUUGAGGGCACCAUUCACCAGGAGGAUGCCAUUAGGAUCUAGCUCAGCCCUGUUCCGAGUGCAGAUUGAGAUGUGUGAGUUAGUCACCCAUCUUCUCUCAAGGAGAGGCACUGAUGGACACAGCAGAGCACUAGGAUCUUACAUUUCCUUUUCCCAUUAGGUAGAAGAAUGGAUGCUCAUUUCUUCUAUCACAUGCAACUGGCAGAACUGGAGCCUGUAGCAGUCCAGCAGGAAAGCACCUUCUGUCUGGGCUGAUGUUCUCAUGGGCACCCAGAACAGGUCAGAUGGUCUGCUUUUAUGUGAAAGAAAUGGGUCACCAGGUCUGUGCGCUGUGCAGCUGGAAGCUGAGUGCACUGAAAUCCCCCACAAGCACCAUCCCUGGUCCUUUACCUGCCCAAGCUCCCAUGAAGAAUCCAGCAUCAGAGACUUCUACAAGAUGUGGAAGAGAUGAGCAGCUCUGAGCUGCUCAUCUCAAGUGACUUUUCUAAGCAUGGCUCUGUGAAGAGAGUCUGGGCUGGUUCUUGAGAGGCUAGAAGGGUCAUAGUCCAAGGAGUUCCUCAAAUGCCUUCAAAGAAGAGAUCUGCACCUCUGAUCCCUUCUUGCCUACUCGCAUGGUGUGGUGGGGCCCAGACCUGAUGUGCCUGGGAGGAGCUAUCACAGACUUCUGCCUUUGUUCCCAGCUCUUGGAUCAGUCAAGUAACAGGCCUAGUAGGCAAGAAAAGGGAGAGAGAUCGGCAGUGCCUCAGCACCUAGCCCCAGAUCAAUGUGAAGUCUAACAGGGACUAUUGCCUGUCCUGGCUUCUUGUAUGACAGCAGAACUGGCAAACCAGUGGCCUCUUGCACUGUUUAGUAACCCUGGGCUGAGUGCAUGUGUCUGUGGAAAUCCAAUCCCACUUUGGAGGCUCCAGAUAACAGAAGGUUAUUGUCAGCAUGGGCAUUAUGUUAAGAACAGCUUAAAAUGCUUCAGUACCUUUGUUCUUGUCUAUUUCGAUUAGGGCUGUAGCAAGCAACUUUGCCUUAUUCCUUCCCCAAGUCUUUCUAUUUCUGCUAUGAAGAAAUGAAGCUGAGUAGUUCUUGAUAUGCUACCACAAGUGAAGUACCAGGUCAGGUCAUGGCCACCUUCUGAGUACCUCAGAGCUGUGCAGGGAUACAGCACACUUGACACACACAUAACUCAGGCACCCUGACAAGGCUGGAGACCCCUCGCUCAGGGCUGCCUGCAGUCAGCUGGGGCAAAGUGGUUUUCCAGGGGUGCUGGGUUCAGUUACCAACCAUGAGACACUGCAGGUUCCUUUUCUAACCCCAAUUGCUCAAUCCAGCCCAGGAAAUUGGGCAAGGAGGGGAACUUACUUGUUUGCACAACAGUUUUUGGUUCCCUGAACUACAGCAGAGAGUCUGUUUGAUGACAGGAGAAGUGUCUUGACCUGUGGCACUGAUUAAUCACUGGUAAGGACAGCAGCCCUCCCACACACACCAGAGAGUGUGGAAGAUAAGCCCCAGUCUUUCCAAAGAUAGGACUAACAUUUGUAUCAGACCUUGCCUACGUUCAAUGGAGAUCCAAGUCCUUCAGAGGCAGCUAAUGCUUACCUGUGUGAGCAGGCAGAGGAAAUGAGAUGAUUCCUUCUCUAAGGCCACCUGCCAGGGCCAGCUGGACACUCCAGACCCAGUGCCAGGCAGAGGAAAGAAUCCAAUCACAUUGGGAACACAUUUCCCUCCUGGCCCUGGACCUGCUCCAGUAAUGGUCACCCAUAAGGAUGCCCCACUGGCACCUCUUGGCACAGAGAGAGAACUCCCUGCCUGUGCCCCUCAGCCAUGUGCAAAGCUCUGCCCUGCAUCUGCAGCCAUCCGAGCUAUGGCACAUAGCAAGGGGGGUUCAAAAGCCCAAUUCCUGCUUGCUAAAAGGAAUCUGCCUCUGUGUUUGUGCCCUCCCGGAGGGCUCCUUGUGCCUGCGGAGCUCCUGCAGGGCAGAGGAGGAGCUUUGGAGCGCUCCUCUCCUCCUUGGGCAGCCGCUGAGCCUGCUUCACAGCCCCCAGAGCACGGACAGAUGGAGUCUGGCAGCGCUUGCAGGACACACAAAGGGAUUUUCGGUGGGUAAAUGUGUGAUGUGCUGUUGAUUCCUGGAAAGCCUGGAACGGAGCUCACAGUUUAGGUUACUCACUGUGGGUAAACAGCGUGUUUCACUGCACAGAAACAGCUGGGAGGGCAGCGUGGGCUCGGAUAACAAACAGAAACCCGUAUCUGAGGUAGAGGGUAAGGGGAGGAAGAAGCCCUGAGGAUGCUUCAGGAGAUGUGCAGCAAUGUGUUUCUGAACACCAGCCUGAGCUUCUGCUCCUGUUCCUGGGAUUCCUGCUGGUUUUAUCGUACUGUUGCAUGGCUCUGCUUUACUUUGCAAUAAAAUGGAUCCUCAGAAGUUCUUCUAAAUAAAGUCUGGUCCUCAA